AUGAUGCCUCUUCGGGAGGUCUGGGAUGUGUUCACAGGCCUCAACGCUGUGAGAAGAGAUAGUCCUUCAGAUAUCUCAGAAGCGUGCUAUAAUGGCUGCAACGAUGCUUCGCUUGAAGCCCAAAGCUCUGGAAAAUCUCCGUCGUUGUGCGCUUCUAACUCUACAUUUUCAACGGACCUGGAAUCAUGCAAAGAUUGCAUCGCCAAAUCUUCCGCCUCUACCUCUAGCUCCGCCUCCCUCAAUUGGCUGUCCUCGUUCAAACAGUUCCUCAACUUCUGUCAGGAGCAAGAUACUGGGGGUAAAAACAAUACGGUGAUCGCAGAUGUGUCGAAGAUCGUAUCUCUACUAGAGGAGAAAUCAUUGGUGGAUGCACAACUCUCAUCGUUCGGAUUCAUGGAUAGCACUACGAUCUCCUCCGUCACCGCCACCUCCAUGAAAACGACAUCAACAACUCAAUCGCCGCCUCGCACAAUCACUUCGUCAAGCACGAGUUCACCGAUCAAGAACGGCAGUGGACCAUCGGCACAAGUCCUCGCUCCUGCGAUAACGGUGCCGACGGUCGCGGCGAUUAUCGGGUUUAUUAGCUGCAUCUUUUUCUAUCUCCGAUGGCGUCGCUCCAAGCAACAGCCGGUUUCUCCGCCAGAAUACGAAGAGGGAAAGGCACAAUUACAUGCAGAUGAAUUCCGACCGGAGCUUGACGGUAGGGCUAUCAAUCCCGAGCUAGCCGAUAGCCAGAGGGUGAUGGCGGAGUUGCCAGCUCGUGAGUUAGUAGGGAGUGAAAUGGCUGGACAUACAGGGACGAAACGAAGUUUUAUCUCGGAAUAUCGCUGA